AUGUCCCAUCGAAAUUUAACUGAACUAUUUCACAUGUUGCGGAACAAUGCGGUCCAUAGCCGGAACGUUGGAUACGAUAACCAUUCGGAUAAUGAGACUUUACUCGAAGCACCGACGAAAAGCUGCGAACAACCACGCUGGAUCGGAAAGUAUGAUGAGGCGAACUAUCUGCUCUUCAAAAUCCAAGAACGUAUCAAUGAAGUGAAGAAAAUUCAAACUGCCGAAGUGCGGUCGGUACUUAGUGAUGAGGCUUCCAAUAAUAAUAGUACGGUCGAAAGCUACAUGGCGGACAUAAAACAGCUGAUUUGCACUUGCCAUGAUAAUAUCAACUCGUUGCGACGAAUGGACAAUGGUUUGGAAGAUAUGCUCGUUAAGAACAUCCAAAAGCACUGCCUGAUCAUGUUACAAGGUCUCACCGAGCAGUACCGGCAGUUGCUGGCACACAAAACCUCCCGAACGUUGAAAACAUCCGACGGGCCGAGCGGAACUGCGAGUGGUAGCAUCACUAGCGGCCGCCUGCACGGUUCCAAGCACCAAAACUCGGUCGAUACGUUCGACAACUUCCUGCAAAUGGAGGCGGACUCGCGCGGGGACGAAGACCAGCAGCUGCUGGACGACUUCUUUCAACUUCCGGCGACUGGGCUAACGAUCAACCAGAAGCAGAUCAUGCUGAUUCAGGCGGACAACUCGAAGAUGCUGAAAAGCCGCGAGGACGAGGUGCUACGGAUGACCAACUCCAUCACCGAUCUCAACGUCAUCUUUAAGGACAUCUCGAAGCUGAUACAGGAGCAGGGUACGAUACUGGACCGGAUCGACUACAACAUUGAAUCGGCGCAGGUGCGCGUCAGCGAUGGGUUUCGUCAGCUGCAGAAGGCCGAUACGUAUCAGCGCAAAAAUCGGAAAAUUCAUUGCAUAACGCUGCUGGCGUUCGCAAUUAUGUUCAUGAUUGUUUUAAUUAUUUUUACGAAGCUUUAAAGCAACGGCAGUAAGGCUUGGCUGAUUCCAGACUGUUUAGCUGCUAUUUAUUGACUACUGUUCGCGGCUCUUGUGUGUUUAUUCUUACUGUAAUUAUAUUCAUCAAUUAUUCUAAUAAUAUAAGAAGGUAU